GGGAGCGUUAAACCCAGCUGCCGUUAUCCCCAUCUCCCCCCAACCCCAACUCCGGCCAUGCCGCCGCUCCUCCUCCUCCGCCCCUCGCCCUCCCCAUGUCUCCCGCUCCGCCGCCUCCUCCUAUUCCGCUGCUCCGCAUCCUCCUCCGCCACCGCCCCCUCGUCGCUCGCUCCUUACCACGCCUCCUUCGCCCGCCGCAUGGCCCUCGCCGGCAUCCGCCCGCACCACCGCAUUGCGGUGGGGGUCUCCGGCGGACCGGACUCCAUGGCGCUGUGCGUGCUCGCCACAGCCUGGAAGAAGGCGGCGGGGCGGAAGGCCGCCGACGAGGAGGGCUUCGGUUCCUCGGCAUUCGUGGAUGGGCUCCUCGGCGUCGUCGUCGACCACGGGCUGCGGCCUGAGAGCGCCGACGAGGCGCGGCUAGUGCGUGACCGUGUGCGCGGGAUGGGCGUUGAGUGUGAGAUCGCUAGAUGUGUAUGGCAAGAUGGUCGCCCAAAACAAGGGCAUGUGCAAGAGGCGGCCCGCGAAGUGAGGUACCAAAAACUAUUGGACAUUUGUAUAAAGCAACAAAUAGGCAUCUUGCUUAUUGCACACCACUCUGAUGACCAGGCAGAGCUCUUUGUUCUCAGACUAUCUCGCAACAGUGGGGUUUUAGGGCUUGCCGGUACAGCCUUUGUCUCCCAAUUGUUUGCACCUAAUGUAAAAUACGAUGGAGAGAACUUUCGACGGUGUGGCAUUCUUCUUGUGCGGCCCAUGCUUGAUUUUUCAAAAGAUGACAUGUAUAAGAUAUGUCAAGGUAGUAAUCAAUCCUGGGUGGAAGAUCCAACAAAUAAUAGUAUGAUGUAUGCUAGAAACCGGAUUCGGGCAUCUUUGGGAAAUUUAUCCACUGAAGGUACCUUUCUCUCAGGAGUUCAUAAACUGAUAAGCGCAUGCCGGUUGACAAGGACACAUGUUGAUUAUACCUGGAGUAUGAUUGCAAAGCAGUGUGUGUCAAUAUUGGAGUAUGGAUAUGGUGUUAUUGACCUAGAAAAACUUGAUCCAUCAAAUGUUGAUGAUCUUUGUCUUUCACAAUAUUUAGCAUAUAUCUUGCAGUUUGUUUCGCAGAGGCACAGGCCACUUCGUGGUAGAUCUGCUCGACUGCUCCUGGAUUACAUUCGUACCAUUCCCUGCAAGGCUGCCCUUACCGUAGCUGGUUGUUACCUUUGUGCUGCUCCAAGGUCUAAAGGUACAAAAGUUCUUGUUUGUUGUUCUGUUGACUGGAUGGAGUCAUCUUCUGCUGAAAUUUCCUACAAGUGUUCCUAUGAGGAGCAGGUAUUUCCAGUACCUGAGAUUGAUCAGAUAGUCCUUGAAGGAUGUUUACAAUCCAAACAGUUUAUACAGAACCGCUCGAACUUACCUUUUGUGUAUUCUAAAUCUUCCGUUGAUGUUCUGAACAAAGCAAAGGAUCUCAGCAUAAUAGAUGAUUUUACAUUACAAAAGCUAUGUUACUUGCGAACAGAUGAACAUGAUAAAUUUAUUGUGAAUGAACAUAAACAUGAAGAACAUGAUCAGGAGGAAACAAAAAUUCCAGAUUAUAAUGUUUUGAGCCUUUGUCCUGGUGAAAUAUGUCACUUCAUGAGCAGAUUCUUGAUUACAUGGAAAGCUCCGGAAGAUGUGAAUGAAAUAUGUUUGCAUGAAAAUAAAGAAUGUCUGUCCAAGAUUUGUACUGUGAAUUUGGAUGGAAGUCUUGAAGUCCGGCACAUGGCUGAUGCUGACUGGUUGUUCCUUGCUGAAGUUUGUAAUAUCCGUUCAGUGGAACAGAACUUAAGUGGUCCAAAAGCUUCGAUUAGCAAAAUUGAAAUGGAUAAUGCCCCACAGCACUACAGAUACUUGCAACGGUCGGCACAUAAAGCUCUUCAGAUCCUUAGAUCUAUUCCAGCUGCUGCAAGGCGUACACUUCCUGUACUAACCAAUGCACAAGGUGACAUAGUGUGUAUACCUAGUAUUGGCUUCAGAUGUUGCCCUAGCCUAUCGAUACAAGCAGUAUUCUAUCCAAGGGUACCUCUCGGUGGAGGAUACAGUUCAUAUUUAUGAUUGCUUGAGCUUUGCUUUGAACGAAGUGAAACAUUGGGUGGAUCAUCACUGUUGGGAUGAGUGGCUGCUGGUGCUAAAUGAUGCAAGCUGUUUAAGUCAUACCAACAUUCUGAAUGCUUGACAGACAGUCUUUUGCAGCAUGAAUUGAAACUGCUUGUUCAAAUGGCAGAGGAUGGAUAGACUCAUGGACAUUAUAGGCUCAACAAUUAUAAUUUCUGUAAUUAUAGUCUUCUUUUUUGGAGGGAUUCAAAUGUCCUUCUGAUGUGAAAUGCUGUUGAGCAAUCCAGUGUGCAGUGUAUUUUUUGCCUUGCCCCACGUCUGCGCAACGGUUGUGGCAAAAACUUGUGCUCGAGACGCGACAACAUUUUUGUCAGUUAAGCAAUAAGCAAUUCAGUCAUGUUUCUAAAGCACAUUCCAUUCC